CAGGAUUUGCGCAAUCGGGUAUUUCUGUGGGGUCAACGUUCAUUCGGUCAUGGGCUGCUGUUUGAAAAUGCCUCUAUAUGAUUAGGCCUACGAGUUAGUAUUUUAGCGAAAGUAGCCUACUUUUUGUUUUGGUUUCAGGAAAUGUAUUUUUUCGGCACAAAAAAUAGUUGGCUCGCCGCAUGCUUUUUUACAAAGGGUUGCAUUGAUUUUGUACGUAUGAUUAGAGGGGAAGUUGUAGUUUCACUAUAACGCUGAAUUGGCUUCUCCAAAAGAAAAUUACAAACGGCAUAGUUGAAGAAGAAUACAAAAAUGCAUUGUGUUGACAUGUUUGGACUACCUUGAAAAUUUAAAACGACAACUGUUUCUGUCGGGCGAGCACGUGGAAGCCUAGCUGGUUAAAAAAUAAGCCGUCUUCCAAAUAAGCCAAUUACCCGCAUUCCGAAAUCUUGGAGCAUAGCAGUUUAAGCUUUGGGCAGUGGUGUAAAAAAAAAAAAAAAAAAAAACACCUACUUCGCAAUACAACCCUCCUGUCACACGCAAGCGUGAAUCCUGACGUUCAGAUCUUGUGUGCAUUUCAUUGAGUUCACAUUCAGGGAUCCUCCCCGGCGGACAAGUAGACAGACGAAUGCGCUUUUUACGGAGCAGAAGGAUUACUCCCGUGUUUGUUAUUUAAGGAAUAUCAGCCAAUUAACAGCACAUCAAUUGGUAACGUGAUAUAUAUCGGUUUUCCCGCUGUAAUGUAAAAAUGGCGAGGCUGCUUCGCAACUUGCUGUUGUUUACAGUUCGACUUACGCUAAAGAUCCGAGUUUUUGGCUUUUGGUCUUUGAUAUACAGCUAUUGUGCUCUCUGCACUUGCAUUGCGCUGUUGAAACUUUGGUGGAACAUAAUUUUAAGGCCGUCAAAAACCUUUCAAUGGGGAAUACGCGAAACUCCCCCAGCUUGCCUGAAUGACACGUCCUUGGGAACCCACUGCUACGUUAGAAUAAAGGAGUCUGGUCUGAGAUUCCACUAUGUGGUUGCGGGAGAAAGGGGGAAACCCCUAAUGCUGUUUCUCCAUGGUUUCCCAGAGUUCUGGUUCUCCUGGCGCCACCAGCUGCGUGAGUUCAAGAGCGAGUUUCGGGUGGCAGCGGUGGACAUGCGUGGGUACGGGGAGUCGGACGUGCCAGCAUCCACCGACAGCUACCGACUGGAUUACAUGCUCACUGAUGUUAAAGACAUCGUGGAGUACUUGGGUUAUAACAGAUGUUUCCUCGUUGGCCACGAUUGGGGUGGGGUCAUCGCAUGGCUGUUUGCCAUCCAUUACCCAGAGAUGGUGACGAAGCUCAUCGUCCUAAGCUGUCCCCAUCCUUGUGUGUUUACAGAUUAUAUUCUUCACAAUCCCAGCCAGCUGCUCAAGUCUGGCUACAUAUUCUUCUUCCAGCUGCCUCGCUUCCCAGAGUUAAUGCUGUCCAUCAACGACUUCAAGGCUUUGAAAGGUCUGUUCACGAGCCGAAGCACGGGGAUUGGACGGAAAGGCUGCUGGCUCACCUCCGAGGACAUGGAGGCCUACCUGUACGCCUUCUCCCAGCCUGGGGCCCUCACAGGCGCCAUAAAUUACUACAGAAACUUAUUCAGCUUCCUCCCCCUGAGGCAGCAAGACGUGAAGUCCCCCGUGCUCCUGCUGUGGGGCGAGAGGGACGCCUUCCUCGAGCAGGACAUGGCGGACGCCUGCCGCCUCUACAUCAAGAACCACUUCCGGCUCAACAUCAUCUCCGGGGCCAGCCACUGGCUGCAGCAGGACCAGCCCGACAUCGUCAACACCUUGAUAUGGACCUUUCUCAAAGAGGGCGAGGGGCGCAAAACCUACAGAAACUGAACUGCUUGCCUCUUAGGAGGGCUGGAAAUUGCCUGUGAAAACCAACCAACAUAAUAAUGCAAUCAUCCUUUGAAUUUUACACAUUUCAGAUAUAUUUCAAGAUGUCAAACAGAGUAAGGGGGGGGGG